CAUAGGCUGCCUUCGCGUUCUCAAUCUCCCAGGAUUUGGAAGCCGCUUCUGGCGGGAAAUUGCUUCCUUUGGGCGUGCAGUCAAAGCCGUGCGGGGACGGAGGUCCGAAUUAAAGGGAAUCGAAGUACGUCUGAAUCUUUUGCAGCCUCUCAUUACAAGGCAAGGUGGUUCUUCCUCAGUAGAGAAGUGCCAGUGUUUUUCAAAGCGAGAGCCCGGCACCAUGAACUUCAGAAUCACCGGGAUCCAAGGUAAAUGACUGUAAAGAAAACCAAAACAUUCCCUACGUGUCUCUGAAACCAAUACCGACGACAGUUUUAGAAAAAACUGUUAAGGUUCACCUGGCUGCCUUUUCACUCAGUAGUGACAAGCUAGACCAAUUUAAGCGCCCCAAAUCCCUGUUAGAAAAGAAUUCUAACGAUGUGCCGCUGUGUAAGAAGACUGAAAUAAAGAAAUCUGGCAGAGGGAUUUUAACUCCAAAGAUGGAAGCCACAUCUUCCAGGGCAGAAUCCACUCUGCAAAAGUCGUCCUUAGAUGUUCAUCCUGAAAGUAACACGGGACAGCACAAGAGCACUUUGGAUGCAGUGAUGGUCAGUGCUGAUAUGGAGAGCAGUCAGGAUGGAGACAGCAAUGAAGAUACCACACCAGGCCUGGAUGAUUUUUCAGGAUUGUCAUCAUACGAAAAGAAGAGACUAAAGAACAUUUCAGAAAAUGCAAACUUUUUUGCUUCCCUUCAGUUGUCUGAGUCAGCUGCAAGACUCCGUGAAAUGAUAAAGAAGAGGCAGCCUUCUGAAUCCAAGAGAAAGAAGCCUAAGAAGAGAGAAAAUGACGGGACUGGUUGCAGAAGGUCCAUGCGAUUACUAAAAGUAGACCCUUCAGAAGUUUCAUUACCAGCAACUCCACCCCAGCCGGCAUUCGUAGCAGAUGAAAAUCCUUUGUUACCUCCUGGGCCGUUAGAAAUGACUCCUGAAAAUCGAGAUGAUAACGAUGAACUAUUUAAAGGAUUUCUACAGACUUGGGAAGAAAUGAGCAAGGCAGGUAGUAAGAAUACUAAGGAGUUACCUAGCCUGAAAAGCUACAAAGCCAAUGUAAGCCGCAUGGUCAUUAGUGAAGAGACUGUUUGUAAAGUGACCAAAGGCUCUGUGCUGUCUCUGGCUCUCCACCCAUCCGAAACUAGAACUUUGGUGGCAGCUGGAGCCAAAUAUGGGCAGAUUGGACUUUGGGAUGUGACCCACCAACCUAAAGAAGAGGGCGUUUAUGUUUUUCAUCCCCAUAGUCAGCCAGUGAGCUGUGUUUACUUUUCACCCGCCAAUCCGGCCCACAUACUGUCUCUGAGCUAUGAUGGCACGGUACGCUGUGGAGAUUUUUCCAGAGCUGUUUUUGAAGAGGUAUAUAGAAAUGAAAGCAGUACCUUCUCUUCCUUUGACUUCUUGGCAGAAGACGCCUCCACUUUAGUUGUAGGACACUGGGAUGGAAGUAUGUCUCUAGUGGACAGACGGACACCUGGGACUUCUUACGAGAAACUUAGCAAGUUUUCUUUGGAAAAAAUAAGAACUGUUCAUGUCCACCCAGUGCAUAGACAGUAUUUCGUUACUGCGGGACUGAGGGAUAUUCAUAUUUAUGAUGCAAGAAGCCUUACUCCCAGGGGAAGCCAGCCUUUGAUUGCUUUGACUGAACAUACGAAGAGCGUUGCCUCUGCCUAUUUUUCACCUAUAACUGGUAACAGAUUGGUGACCACAUGUGCUGAUAGUAAUCUGAGAAUCUUUGACAGCAGCUGUAUAGCCUCUCAGCUUCCUCUCCUCACCACAAUCAGGCAUAACACCAACACUGGGCGCUGGCUGACCAGGUUCCGAGCUGUGUGGGACCCUAAACAAGAAGACUGCAUCAUAGUUGGCAGCAUGGCUUACCCACGGCGGGUAGAGAUCUUCCACGAGACAGGAAAGCGGCUGCAUUCUUUUCUCAGUGUAGAAUAUCUCGCCUCUGUGUGUUCCAUCAAUGCCAUGCACCCAGUGCGCUAUAUUCUGGCUGGAGGUAAUUCCAGCGGGAAGAUACAUGUUUUUAUGAAUUAAGAAAGCAUCUGAGUUUUUAGGUUAGUGGCACUGAUUUGUUCAAGUUAAUCGCUGUCUAAGGAACCCAGAAAGAGAAAGUUGAAUUCAUGUGGCUUAGCCUGUUUACUUGGUAAUAUGUCAUAUUUAGCAAAUAUAAAAUUGCUUUAUUAUUGAGAACAUUCCAAUGAGCAGAAUAUACUUUUAGUAAAGGGAGAAGCCUCGGAGGUUGUUUUCUACAGGUUGGGGAGGGCAUUUGAGGGGAGCUGAGAUGCCUACUCAGGCAGUAGGUUGAGAAGUUCUAAGAUUAUAAAUUAUAAAGCUUUGAAUGGUCAAUAUUAAAAGUUUUUGUGAUCGAAUAAUAUGGUUUUGAAUGUAUAGUGAGAUUUAGAUUUGUGGUUUAUAGUUUGGAGUGAAUAUUUAUUUCUAGACUUACACAAUUCGAAGGGGUACUGAAAAGUCAUCUAAUUCAGUGAUUUUGAAACUUAAUUUUUUUUUAACCCAGAACUCCCUUUUUUUUCUGCCUCUAAAUAAAAUCUUAUGUGAAAUCCCAUGAUAAUUGCUGAGUAGCUUUGGGUGACAUGGGGCAGGAGGGCCUGGGUCUGUGUGCUGGGCCUUUCCCUUCCCCCCUUCUCUGGACAGUUCCUGAGACACCGCCAAGGAAUCCUGGGCUCCUAGGCACACACUGUGGAUCUCCCUUACCCUGAAUUCCAAAAGGGACUGCUCUCAGACUAGUGUCUUCCUAACAGUGGGUGGCAGUCAUUAACAAGAAAUCAGUGUUAAUGGCCAAGAGCCGAGUUUGAAAAAAUGAAAAGGAAAUAGUGAAGAACAGAAACCAUAAUUAGAAUCAGUAUUGUUUUGUGAAACUGAGUUACAUAUGCAUAUAUAUGUAGGCAUAACUGUGUGUGUUUAUGUUUAUUCUGAUGUAAAUGUGUUUCUUUAUUACUGUGGUAUUGUGGGUCAGGGUUAAAGAAGUGAAAGCCUUAGCUGCCCCUUUCUUUAAACUCUCCAGAGGGGAUUCAGUCACUUGUUAAGUGAAUACUUUCAUUCUUACUCAUAUUUUGGGGAAAUGUUAUGAAAUAUGACUUUGGGCAUGUCUUCAUCGAGCAGUUUUCUUUUCAGAAGUUAUGGUGAUUUGAAUGCGGUUGUUGUUGGGACGGGGAGCUGCUACAUCACUUGACUAACAUUACCACGUGACGUUACCUGUCCACCUCUCUUCAUUGUUCUUCAUUGCCAAAGCCACUAUUGAAGGAUUACGGUAAAUAGCUUUGGCAAUAUGUAUGAAUUUUAAAAAGAAAUAUUAUUUUCUCAUAAUUGUAUAUAAAAAAUAAAGUGACACCUGUAAUUGCCUUGAGGAACAAUUUUCUAAACAAUUUCUUUUUCUGCGAUCUAAGUAUUUUAAAGGCUUAGUUUUUUAAUAGGUUGUGGGUGUUUAUAAGGAAUUUGUUGUUUAGUGCCAUCGAGUCGAUUCCAACUCAUAGUGACCCCAUGUGACAGAGAAGAACUGCCCCAUAGGGUUUCCUAGGCUGUCAUUUUUACAGGAGCAGAUCGCCAGUCUUUCUCCUGUGAAGCCACUGGGCGGGUUUGAACUGCCAACCUUUCAGUUAGCAGCCAAGCGCUUAACCAUUAUGCCAGCAGGGCUCCUUUUUAUAGGGAAUGGAAUUUUUCAUUUUCUGGGUGAUACAAGCACAGGAAUUGAUAAGCGAGAUGGAAACACUAAUUUUUGAAGUGGAAAAUAAAGCUGAGUGAGGUUGGAUUAUAUUUAAACUGUGCAGGGAACAGUAAGGGAAGCCUUUCGCUGCCCUAACAACACCACUUAUUUUCACAGGUUCCAGUGGCUAGUUCUAUGGGAAUUGUUCUUUCUUCAGAUGCUGAAAACUCCUCUCAGUCAAAUUACUACCAUCAUUUAAGCUUUGAAUACUUGGCGGUAAUUGCCUGGCUUCUGCAGUAAACUUGAGCAAAUUCUGGACAUUUCUCACUUCUGUGGUUUCUCUGGCCAUUGUAGCUUCAAAAGCUAUGUCAUUUAUAUCCAAUUCCAGGAAAUAGAGUUAUGUCUGCUUGAGGCAUCGCAGGAAGGAAAUUACAAUUACUCCUUAUAAUGGAGUAAUUGUUUAAAUCUAGAAAGCACAAAAAGGAAAAUUAUCUCCCUUAGGACAUCCUUAACUGUAAUCUGUAGUGAAAGGUACUUCCUCCCAGACUCCUUUAAAGCUUCGGGAUCAACCUUUUUUGUAAGUCUGAACUGUGUCAUCUCUCUUAAGCACAUAAGCUCUGAAUUCCACUUGAGUUAUUUCUUUGAGAUGCCUAGCCUUUUUUUAAUGUGACUUCAAGGAGGAAGGAGACUGUUCUCAUUUUGGGUAGACAGAGACUUGGUCAGACUAGGAGAGAGUGUAAAUCAUUAGGAAUUAAUAGAAUCUAAGUUGCUUUAAAUCCUAUUUUUGUAUUCUGACCUUUGAGUUUCCUUUCCACAGAGAAGACUUUUCAAAGGCAGUUCCCCAGGAAAGCAGGGAGCUUCAGGGCUGUGGAUACAGAGAAUUUAAAUCCUUUUUAGUCAGCACACAGUACAGGGGGGCGGAAGAGGGACACCUGUGCCUUCUCUGUCAAACCCGAAAGGAAGAAAUAUACGCCCUCUAAUGGCAGAUUGGAGCCCUGGUGGCACAGUGGUUAACAGCUUGGCUGCUAACCAAAAAG